CGUAGGUUUAUCAUUUUGUGAAAGUAUAUUGCCUUAGAAAAAUGUCACAAAAAAACCAAAGAGGAAAUCAGAAAGAAUGAAGAUGCUAUAUAUUAACACCGGUCUCCAGCGUCCCACAAUUGACAGCGCUACAGAAACGCACACACAAACCUAAAUCGGUAAACGAAGAAGAGAGAUUUUCGAUCGAUUUGUGCGGAUUCGGAUUAGGGUUUUGCCCGUGCUGUUGAUCUUCAGCUUCCGCAUCAAUGGCGACGGGGAAAUCACCUACGCCGGCAUCGCAGGAGCUGCAGCAGAGCAAUGCAGCGGCUAGACCUGGCCUGAGGAAGCCAGUCUUUGUUAAGAUCGAACAGCUCAAGCCCGGCACCAAUGGCCACACACUCAUCGUCAAGGUUGUUAGCUCCAAUACCGUGUUGCAGAAGGGUCGAUCGGUGUCUCAGCACCUUCGACAGACGCGGAUCGCCGAGUGCCUUGUUGGCGAUGAAACUGGAACCAUUUUGUUCACUGCUCGUAAUGAUCAGGUUGAUCAAGUAAAACCUGGGACAACUAUCAUUCUUCGAAAUGCAAAGAUCGACAUGUUCAAAGGGUCUAUGAGGCUAGCAGUUGAUAAAUGGGGCCGCAUUGAGCUUGCCGAACCUGAAGAUUUUGUCGUCAAGGAAGACAAUAAUCUAUCUCUAGUUGAGUAUGAACUUGUGAAUGUUGCAGAGGAAUGAGAAGGUACUACUAAAGGCCAACUUUAUGCAUACCAUGGGUUGAGAUAGCUGGUCAUCGAGUUUCCUGGUAAUCUGCUGAUGUGAAUAUAUAACAACGCUAUAUUAUAAUUUUGUGUGGGUGAAGUGUUUAAGCGAACAAUCCCUUGAUUUCUUCUAAACUUCAAAACAUGAAAGCUAUAUUCCGUCGGUAUGACUUACAUGAAGGCCUGUUUUGUCUGAUAAAGGUAUAAAUAGGUACUAGUUUGGUACUUAUAACUCUGGGAAUGUAAUCAAGCAUUAACACGACAAAGAAUGCUUUGGUAUGCUCUGAUAUCAUUUAUCACAUGCAGAUAUUUGCUGCGUAUGUAUAUUGUA